CUGUAGAUCUGAAAUAGACUUCAAGAGUGAAAAAUCAAAAUCUAUGUUUUGGAGCUGAUUUCGAACGCCAGCGAGCAUUUGUGAGCCGAAAAAUUUCGUCCCGAGCCAACACGUCAAGUUCUAGCAAAGCACGAUCUUCUCUUAGCUCGCAUUGCGUUUCCUUGCGACAGUGCAAAACUUACACACCCGGAGAUUUCGCGGCACAAAAAAUGGGUUACGCUAGCGACGAAAACGGGGAGCACGACGACGCUCGUCCGUACAGCCGACAGAAGGGCACCAAUCGAAACAAGACCGAGGUGCGGUGGGAUGAAUAUGAUGUCGACAGUUGUCCGGGCGGAGAUCUUGAGGACGACGAGUGGCGAGUCGACGAAGACGCUGACGAAGAGGACCUAAAUGCACUGCACGCUAUAGAAGAGGCAGAGGAGAAAACAGGUGAGACGGAGACGCCCACGCUGAAAUUGUGCAGCCAGGAGUUGCAGAAAUUCAAAAAGCAAGCAGCAUGCUCUUCCGUUUCACAACGCAGAUCAGGUGGUCAAGUUUCCG